CGAGAAACAUUCCUUCUGUCGUUGAUGGAAAAAAGAAAAGAGAAAGUUUCCAAGAUGGCGGCGCCGCGAUGCCUGCAAACAAUAGAAGCUCCGCCGGGGCAGAGCUAGCUGCUAGCCUGCUAGCCCGCUAACCCGCUACCCAGCACGGCCCAGCACGGCCAGGACGGGACAAGGGGAACCUCUGGAGAACAUUCACACCAAGAACGAUGCUUUAUUUAACCCGGGCUAGCCAGCGUUAGCCUGCUAGCUAACGUUAGCGUAGCGGCUAACAGCUAGCGUAGCGGCUAACAGCUAGCGUAGCGGCUAACAGCUAGCGGCUAACAGCUAGCAGGAGGCUGUAGGAGGGCCACGCCGUCACAGUGAGUGGAUAUAACUCGGGAGGAGCUCCGCUAGCAUAGAGGCUAGCACGUUAGCAUAGAGGCUAGCACGUUAGCAUAGAGGCUAGCACGUUAGCACAGAGCUAACGGAGCUAACAGAGCUAGCCGCUUUAACCCCCGGAGCAGAGGCUUCACAGUCGGGCUCCUGAUGCCCCCACGGAGGCUCCACCAGCGGCCCCACGCUCCAGGGAGCACGGCCUAGAGGCUCCCCGCCAACACGCGCCUCUACUGCGGCUUUUUGGGGUGUUUUGGGGGCUUUUUUUGGGGGUGUUUUCUUGGAGGAAUCCCGGAGCUCACAGUUCGUGUUUCUGCGGCUAAGCUAAGCUAGGCUAAGCUAGGCUAGGCUAGGCGCUGUUUACAUGCAGCAGAGGAGGCCGCGGGCCCUGAGGAGGGGAUGGCGGACUUCGUGGCUCCGCGGCACAGCGCCGUGAUGGAGAGGCUCCGCCGGAGGAUCGAGCUGUUCCGACGGCAUCACAACAGCUGCGAGAGCCGCUACGAGAGCGCAACGCUGGAGAGGCUGCAGGGAGACAGACUCUCCACAGGGAGCCUCCACCAGCGGUGUCUGCAGGCCAAGAGCAAGAGGCCGGGAGGAGGGGGGGGGGGGGCAGGGGCAGGGGGGGGAGGAGGUGGUGGAGGAGGUGGUGGGGGAGAGAGCGGAGAGACGACGGCGGAGAACAGGAACAACACGCUGAUAGCGCUGCAGGAGACGGUGAAGAGGAAGUUGGAGAGCGCCGGUUCUCCGAUGGGACGGGAUCAGGUCAACGGGUUCGGCGACGGCUUCCCCCCCAACAAGAAGGCCUGUCUGGACAACGGCACCGCCAACGGCUCCCCGCUGGACUCCAAGCUCGGCAUCAGCGACUCUCUGAGCUCCAACGGGACCCACGGGGCGGCCGGAGAGUCGACGGACGGCGGCGGCUGCAGGGAUUCGGGUUCGGACUUCCAUCGCAAGGAGAUGAAGCAGGAGCCCGACGACAUCCUGCCCAUCAUGCCGCCGUCGGGAGGAGGCAACAACAGCCUGUUCCCCGACCUCAACCUCAACGAGCAGGAGUGGACGGAGCUGAUGGAGGAGCUGAACUGCUCCGUGGCCUACGAGGACAUCCAGGACAUCCUCAACGACGGCUUCGAGGAGGACCGCAAAGACUCUCUGGUGCCGACUCCAGGUGGAGCCGGGCCAACAGGAGGUGGAGGAGGAGGAGGUGGAGGAGGGCAGUCGUCUCAGGGUCUGCUUCCUCCAGACCUGGUCAACGUGAAGACGGAGUUCUCCCCGUCCUCUGUGGCUUUCGAGCAAGACUCUCGCACCGGCUCCCCCCACGUCAGGUCCACCUCCUCCGGGCCUCCUCCUCACCCCACCAGCUCCCCCGUCGCUUCCUCCUCCGCCUCGUCCCCGGCUCUGCCCCCGUCCCAGCCGGCUCCUCCACCCAGGCAGCUCCAGCCUCCCCACCACCUUCUCCCUCCGGGUCCCCCUGUUCCCAAAGACCUGUCCCCGGCCCAGCAGCUCCAGCAGCUGGCCGCCCAGCAGCAGAGAGCCCAGCACCUCCACGGACAGAUGCAGCACAAACAGCCUCAGCCGGGGGCCAAGUUCCACAGCCAGGGGCCCCAUGCCCACCCCUCGCCUUGGCCCCAGAUGGCCAACACCUCCCAGAGCACACUAGGGGGCGCGUUUGGGAUGGACAAGCCCACGAGCCCGUCUCUGUACCCGCAGGACUUCAACCCCAACGCCCAGAAGCAGCUGCUGAUGCCCGGUCAGCCCAACAAGGGGCCUCCCAAGGCGGGGGCCGGCGGCUACAUGCCGGGGCCCACGGGACACCCCAACAUGAUGGGUCACCCGGCGUCGGGGCCGCCUCUCGGCCACCCGCCGACGCCGAGCGCACAGGCCACGGCCGCCAUGCUGAACUACAACAACACCAAACCUCUGUCGCACUUUGAGGCGGGGCCCGGACCGCGGGCCCCCAACACCCAGAGUCAGAACAAGGCGGCCCUGCUGACGCUGCUCCGACAGCAGCAUCAGAUCAAACAGAAGAGCAGCAUGAACUUCCGUCAGCACAUACCGCACACGCAGGACCCAAACUCCUACCCUGCUCCUCCACACGGCCCGGGCCCCGCCAACGCCAUGACGUCGGCGCCCGGAAACAACGCCAUGACGGCCCAGCCGGGGGCCAACGCCAUGGCGGGUAACCACGGCAACGCGGCGUACCUGAGCAGCCAGGCGGCGGUGGCGGCGGCGCUGAAACAGCAGCAGCAGCAGCAACAGCAGCAUCAACAGCAGAUCCUGGAGCAGCAGAAGCAGCAGUACAUGCAGAGACAGCAGCUGAUGGCUGAACAGGAGAAGCAGCGGCAGCAGGACCAGCAGCUGCAGAGACACCUGACCCGACCCCCCCCUCAGUACCAGGACCAGCCGGGGCAACCGGCCAAUCAGAACCCUUUCCCACAGCCGCCAGUCAACCAGUUUACAGCUUCUUCUCAGCCAAUGGGCAGCGUCGGCUCCAUGGGAGGCCCCGCCCCCGGCUCCCAGCGCAUGUUCCCCCAGAACCAAGGCAUGAUGGGUAUGAGCAUGGGUCAGGGCGGCGGGCCGGCGGGUGGCGUUGCUCCGCCCCCGUCGGGGAGUCAGGGUGACAUCGGUCUGUCGUCCUGCGGUGGCGGAGGGGCGGGGCCGGGCGUGGACGUGCAGCAGGUUCUCUACAACAACAUGAACCUUCCCCAGCCACCCGUCUCUCACCCGUCUCACCCCUCUCACCCGUCUCACACGCCCCAGCAGGCCGGCCUGCAGCGCCAGCAGCUGGGCGCCAUGAGCGCCUCCUACAGGCAGAGCCUCCUCGCUCAGCAGCACCUGAAGUCGCAGCCCAACGCCGCCAUGUUGAAGCAGCAGCAGCAGCUGGCCGCCGCCGCUGCCGCCCGCAUGCCGGGCUCCAUGCAGAACAGCAUGGCCGCCAACAUGGCUGCCGGCAUGCAGGGCGCCCAGAGCGCCGCCUGGCAGCAGCAGCUGGCCAACCAGCCGACCUCCGGACGGCGGCCUCCCCCCAACGCCUUCAACAACCCGCCCAACGCCUUCCACAUGCAGCAGCAGUCUCGCAUUCCCAAGAUGCCGCCGGGCAGCGCACCCUUUGGCACGAACCCCGGCGGGCGUCCGAUGGGAGGCCUGAACCCGGCGCAGCAGAUGAUGCAGACGAACAUGGCGGCCGCCCAGCAGAGGGCGCCGCCCAACCCUCAGAGCCUCGGCCAGCCGAUGGCGGCUCAGCAGCAGACUCAGCAGCAGCAGGCCAAUCAGAACCAGGCCGUCCUCCCCGACCUGGCGGCGUUCGGACAGCCGCAGGGCAACGGCCGCCAGGGGCUGCAGUGUAACCAAGGUUACCAGGUGAGCAGGACUGCCAGUCAGCAGCAGCAGCAGGUGUCGUUCGGGUACAACGUGGCGUCGGGGAGCUUCGCCGGAGAGAGCGAGCUGGUGGACUCGCUGCUGAAGGGUCAGAGCACCCAGGAGUGGAUGGCCGACCUGGACGAGCUGCUCGCCAGCCACCACUAGUCCCACGCACACGCCUGCACCCGAACCCUGCUGAGCCGAGACGCUGCACCCGGAUCACGAGCUCCCUGAGGACGCUGAGAAAAGACCCAGACGGGAGGUCGGCGCGUUAGCAUUAGCCACGCGGCUAACAGAGUCUGAGCUUAGAAACAUCUGGCCGGUAAAGAAAUGAAGGUUGUCGUGUUUCUGCAGACGCUGAUAUGAUGUGAAAUAAAAUUCUCAUUUUCAUCAGGCUAGAAUUAUAUCACAGACAUACGAACCAGCUGUCAGAUCCAUUUAAUGAAGAAACAUGAGGGAGUUUGGUUUUCCAGUUAAGCGAGGUUUAGAAUCCAACGUGUGACUCACUGGUAACAAAUGAAAACCAGAUGUGUUUCUUCCUCUGGUCUGAGGAGAUUUAUCCAGGCUUCAUUCAAAAAUCUAAGAAUUUAACGAUGAAUUGCUCUUUGCAGAAUUGCACACGUGGUGGAACGGAACCUUAAAGGCCUCUUCUGUUCUCCGGGUUCUUCUGCUAGAUUCAGAAUAUGAAGGUGAUCCACUGAACAGGAAGCUCAUCUGCUAAUCAGAGUAAAGGAGUUCAGAGGUUGUUCUGUUAAUGGGAUUUACAAUCAACCACCUGUUUAAUCCUCUUGAACUUUAUAUGUAAUUCUAUAUGAUAUAUUUUCAUUUGAGGAAAUGUUCAUAUAUACAAUAUCCAGGUUAACAAAGGAUUUUGUUUUGGUAAAUUGGAUCACUUUUAAAAAACAAUUUUAUAUA